AUGGAUCCGUCAUCUACUUCUGCUAGAGAAAACAAACCAACGCCAUGUACAUUCCAUUUCAGCCGCACCAGGUGUCAAUUCAGAGGGGCAUGCUACAUUUCGCAUCAUCUUCCCGGCGGCCUUGCUGCUGCCGCUGAAAUACUCGGCUACGACCCUUCCAUUUCGAUGCCUCCUCGGAAAUUCAAGACUAAGCUAUGCCACAAAUAUGACACACCUGACGAGUGCCAACUCGCGGACUCGUGCCAUUUUGCGCACGGCCAACACGACCUAUGGACGCCAAGACUACGCUCAAAUUACAACACAACCAAUGUCAAUGCCAAUGCGACGACGGAAGCAUCCACGUCGCAAGACCCGGCCUCAAUCACUGCUAAAGUCCCCAUCGACGCUUUCCGGGCUAGGCAAGUCGGCGGAUACAUCCUUACCUUCUCCGAUAAAAUUUACCUUAACCACGGGAUCAAGCUCGCUAUCAUAGAUCACGAAAUGGACCCCAACCAACAAUACAUUCAGAUCACGGCUUCGAUUGGUGUCCUCAUAAAUCAAUGGAUAAAGGUUGCUCCAAUAGCGACGGAAUUUCAUGCAACGGCGGGGUUGGAAUUCAUUGAGGCUUUUCUACUACACGAAUUCAUUGGGGAAUUGAGCGGGGGUGAGUCCAAUUUUACGACGAGUUUGAGCUUCUAG